UUGUUGAGAACGAGGCUUGAUUGUUUUGAUUCUGGAAACGGCCAUAUUUACUAGAUGGUAGUGAAUCCGGAAAUAAAAAUCAACAAUCAUCGGCUUCAAAUUCAAGUCAAACAGCAAUAUUAUCCUUUCAUAUUGUUUUCAAACAUUUAUUUGUCAUCUGGGAAUCGUUUUUGACCUUCUGUCUAUAGAAGGUCAGUUGCAUAUACAAUUUUUAUUUGGCACCCUUCGAAACUAAUUUAGUCACAAAAAAUGGCUUGCGGAGCAACAUUAACUUUAAAAAGAAAUCUUGAAUUUGAUCCUAUACACAGUCCUGGACAAACAACACCAAAGAGACGUAGAUGUAUGCCAAUGACUAUGUCGCCGUCCACCCCACCAACGAAGCAACAUCAAGUCAAUCCAUCCCCGUUUGGAGAAGUUGGUCAGAAACUGACGUCGGAACAAAUUGCUGCCAGUAUUGGAAAUGAAAUUAAACGUAUGCACAGAAGAAAACAACUACAGUAUUCUGGUAUUCAGACACCACCAAACAUGUCCCCACCACAUGAAUCUUCAUCAAGCCUGUCCAUUGAUGGAUCAGCCUCACCAUCAUCUUCCACUGGCAACAUGUUCAGUGCAUUAUCUCCAAACAAAAGAGAAAUGCCAUUGUUUACCUUCAAGCAAGUCAGUAUGAUAUGUGAGCGCAUGUUGAAAGACAGAGAAGAACAGAUUAAAAAUGAAUACAACUCGGUACUUACUUGUAAAUUAGCAGAACAAUAUGAGGCAUUUCUGAAAUUCAACCAUGACCAGAUACAGAGAAGAUUUGCUACAGAUCAGCCAGUCAGUUAUGUGUCAUGAUGUCGGGGUUGUCUAAGUAACUGCCAAUCAACAUGUGUUCCAUUAAUUCAAACAUUCACAGACUUGCAUUUACAGUUAAACAUUUUCAUUGCCAAAGGAGAGGUGCUCUGCAAACUUGAAUUUCUACUCUUGAGGCAUUGAAUAGUGUGCGUGGGUUAAUUUUGUCUCGCUUUGCUGAUGUCGGAUACACCAGUUCCUGUUGAAAUGUCUUUCUGUAGCAAUUUACAUUUGUUUUUUGUGUGUAUUAUGGCCGAAGUUUAUAACUUUUUAAAUGAAAUAAAUGAGAAUCUGUACAUUUUGGGAGUAUGAUUUGCUCACACUUGUAUUGUAAAACUUGGAUAUGUUAGCAUGUAACAUGUUUAAAUUUAGUUUACAAGACAUAGUAUUGUAAAAAUUGGAUGUGUAAGCAUGUAAAUUAACAAGACAUAACUAUAUUAGAUCCAUCAUUAGCCAAUCAUGCUGGUCUCUUGCAUAAACAUUUUCAGCCGGUCAUGAUGUUGUCUUCAUGUAACAUUUCAGCCAGACCAUGUUGGUUUUAUUUUUGUAUUGGGUAUAUUAUCCAAACUGCCGCACUUCAGAAGCUGUCAUAUAAUCAAUGGGAUUAAUAUGUAUAUUACUUUGUAAAUUGCAUGACUGAUCUAUAGAUUGUGUACAUGUGUGCUUAUCUUUUGUAUUGAGUGAAUAGUAAAAGUUGUUCCUGAGAACAUGAUCAAAUUUGUAAAUACUUGCUGAAAUGAAUGAAUUUGUUUAAAAGCGUUUGGUGUUUUAUGAAAAGUUAGCAUAUCUAGUUCAUAGAACUUUUUUGUUUUAUUGCGUUACGAUUUUACACAGUUGUGUUGUGAAUUUCAUUAAUUGCUGUACAUGCAAUUCCACAUGUACAUCUAAUAUUUUUAUGAAAAUUCAGCAUGCAAUUUAUGUACAUGUACAGUUCUUGUAAUUUGCAGUUUUCCUGUUUUAUGUGAUUGAUUGGUCACAUUUGAGGACUGAACACUAGUUUUUGCCUGAACUUUUAUUAUAAAGUUCUGAACUUCAUUUAACUCCUUUUUAUAUCUUUUUUAAUUUACAAUUGUUUUCAGUUUCAUUCAGUUUUUUAGUUCAAAGUAAUUUUUUUUAAUAUAUUUUAAAUUAUGUUGAACAUUCAGAUCUGUUAUAACUAGAUUUCCCCAUACUUUUGCCUAUUUUAAGCUCACCUUCAACUUAAUAAUUUCAAAUUCUGAACAUAAUUAUUGAAGAAUGGAUCAAUAUACAAAUGGAACAUAAAGGGAUGCACAAUUCAUAUUAAUUUGAUGAGACCCAAUUUCUAAACGGAUAGUUGUAACUUUGAGAUGAUUUUUACAUAUUCUUAAUUAAAUAGUAAAUAGUUGGUUAAGGUGUCGCAGAAAAAGAUUUAUUUUUAAGUAUAACAAUCUGUUGAUGCAGGUAAAAAUUGUAAACUUUAAAACACUCAAGACUCAAGUUCAAAACAUUUUUAAUAUUUAAUUAGUAGAGGAAAAUAAUUUACCAUAGAAUAUUAUACAAUAUAUAGAUAUUGAGUAUACUAAUAUAUUUCUACACUUAAGGUGUGAUUCUUGACAGUGAACAUUGUGUACAUGUACAUUUUGUAUUUACAAGUGAGAAUUAAUUUGUAAAGAAUAACAUGUAUGUGUAUUUACCAUAUUUAUGUGAUCCUAUCUAUUUGAAAGCCUAAGGUCUAGACUUGUUUAUUUAAACUCAAAAUCUGUUUAAUAUUAAAAAAAAAUUAAAUAGUUUAAAUUUUUCGUUAAUAUAUUAAAAAUCCGAAUUACAUGGAAUGAAGUCACUUUGUAAUGUCGAUCAAAACUUUCAAUUUUGUAUUUAUUUCCAGCUUUCGCCUAAUUUUCUGAAUUUUUAAAAUUACCAAUAUUCUCAUGAAAGUAAGAAUUCAAGUUUCGAAACUGCAUCACUGAUAUGCUAUAUGUUGUCCUGUGUGGUGACAUUUAUGUUUCCACCUUUUCAUUCACUCGUGCAUGUUGUUGAUAAUUAAAAAAGUAAUACAUUCAAUUUUAAGAUAUGAAACAUAUUUCUCAAUUUAAGUUAUAUCUCAUUGUUUGUUGAAAGAUGUUGGUUUUUGAUGAAGAAUAAAAUAUGAGACAUAUUGAUUCAUAAUUUUGGAAAUUGAAUAUCUUGGAACAUCAUACAGGAAGAAAUAAAGUUAUCUUGAACUUCAUACAGAAUGAAAUGAAAUAAUCCUGAACUUCAUACAGUUUUGGUACAUGUAUUUGGCCAAUAUUCAGUUCUUCAUCUCAAUGACAUGAAAUAUUUGCCUCCUUUUACUCUUAUUUAUAACCAUUGUUAUUAUUUUUUGUUGGCAUUAUUUUAUGUUGUUUAUAACACAGGUAGUGUUUUAAUUUAAAUGUAGUAACUUAAUUCUGUAUAUAUUUAUAUAAUAUAAACUUGUUACAUGCAGAAAAUGAAAAAAGAAAUAAAGUUCUGUAUUAUGUUA